CCACUUUAAAGUAGUCUCAUGCGUUUGGAUUCUUCUCCCCGUCCAGUCGGGUUCGAAGCUCUCAUCUUUUUUCUCGGCUUCUCUUUCUCUCUAUCCCUCCGCCUCAUCCUCCUCCUCCUCCUCCGUAGCCGCCCCUUGUAAGGAGAAGCUAGGGUUUUUUCUUUUGUUUCCCGUCGUUUUGGUCAGUAUGGGGGGAGGCAACGGGCAGAAAGCCAAGAUGGCUAGAGAGAAGAACAUGGAGAAGGCGAAGGCCGCCAAGGGUAGCCAACUGGAAUCCAACAAAAAAGCGAUGUCGAUCCAGUGCAAGGUAUGCAUGCAGACUUUCAUCUGCACCACAUCGGAGGUGAAGUGCAGGGAGCAUGCAGAAGCGAAGCAUCCCAAAUCUGAUGUCUACGCAUGCUUCCCACAUCUCAAGAAAUGAGAGUUUGUGGAGGUUGGGAAGAGAACAUGUAGAAUUAUGUUAGAUCGUCCUAGUUUGAUUCCUAGGAAUCCCUUAAAACUUGUGUGUUGCCUACUGAAGACCAUAUGUGAAAUAUGUUUAUUGACCAUGGAUUGCCACUCUUAUCUUUAUGAUCUCUCCUUUCACAGUGUGGUGCUCUCUCUAUAAAUUUAAUUAAAUGAAAAGUUGCCUUGGUAUUUAGAUGGAA